CGACGGGAGAAGCGUCUCUGUCGACGCCAUGGCAGCGGCAGCGAUCGUCGGCUGGUGGGCCUCCCGCGCGAACACCUCGGCGACCGAGGACGGCGCGGCCGCCGCGGCGGCUGCGGCGGAGAGCUCAUACGCCUACGAGGUGCCGGGCCGGCCUGGUGCCGCCGCAGCAUUCUACCCUCAGUGCUCCGGCUGCUUCAGCGACUGCACCGCCAAGACGCUGAACGACGAGGUCGUGCAGCUGGGGUGCUGGGACAUCUGCUGCGUCGAGCGCGCGGCCUCGGGCCUCGAGGCUUCGGGGCUCGGGCUCGGCGUCAACGCACUCACAGGCAGCAUAGGGCUGGCGGGCGCAGCGUCCACGACGCUGCUUCCGGGCGCAGCGCUAGUGAACGGGCUCGCCCAGGCGGGAGGACCGCUCGCGCAGAUGAACCCGCUCGCACGGCCGUGCCCCGGAUUCGAGGCCACGUCCCGCUCCUGCCAGAGCGCCUGCAUCUCUUCCUACAUGGCGGUCGCCUGGAACGGCUGCUGGGACCACUGCUGCACCGCUCCGCCGUCGCCGCCGCAGCCGCCCUCGCCGCCGCCGGCGGCGCCGCCGCCUCCGCCAACGCCUCCUCCGCCGCCCUCCCAGCCGUGGCCGCCCUUUGCACCCGCCAUUGACCUCGCGGACGUGCAGUGGGCCGUCUCCUCCGGCUUCAGCUCGGCGAGCAGCCUCGUCAACAGCAGCACCAACAUCGGGUCCGGGCUUGGCGAGGCUGCCAUCGGCACGCUCUCAAACUACGACUGGAGCUUCUGGGGCGCGCGCCGCGACGCCGCCGGCUCGCUCGCGGCGGAGGAGCGGCCCGCCUCUCGAGCGGAGGUCGAGGUACGGGCGCAGACGGCCGCCGCGGCGUGCGCCCUGCUUGCGGUCGCUGCGCUCGCUGCCGCUGUGUGGCGCCGCCGCCGCCGGUUAGAGGACCCGGCGCACGCGCCGGCCGCUCUGCUGCUGUAGCGGCGACCCGACGAAUGUCGAACGAUGGCACAUCUUGGCACCGCUGCACACCUCCGCGUGCGGCGUGCGGUGUAAGUCAGAGAGUCUAAGGAGUCGCUCACGCUGUCGGCUGUUGCUCCGCGUUUCCUAUGUGUUCAUCAAAACCUUUGUCCUUUCCAA